UUUUCUCCCAGAUUUUGGCCCCACCCCUAUUUCGGGGUUGAAUCUACGUGCCUUGCAAUUUCAACCCUGUCUAGUUGAGUUAGAACUCAUCUUUAGAAGGGGGUGGAGAUGUGAUGUUUUGUAGCUUAGGGGGUGUGUUAACAGCAUCCGUGGUCUGUCGGGAGAACAAUUCUUGGUCUCAUUGUGACAGAGACGUUUCCCGGUGGCAGUGGUCCGAUAAAAAUAUUAAAAAUUAUCUUCCAAGUGAAAAUGUCCGGCGCCAGAACUCAAAUGGCGGACUCUACAUCGCCGUCGUUAAACGAGGCGCGCCUAGACUACGGCCUCAAGUUCUCCUGUCCCUCCGACGACGAGGCCCCGCCAGCUCUGGGGGAGCUGCCCUCGUGUGUCUACGCCGCCGCCAGGUCCCGCCUGCAGCAGCUGCCUCUCGCUGCGUAUGUCCACCAUCACACCAGGCAGUUGCAUGGAGACAACCAUCUGGAAAGCGGUGCAGACCUGGAGUACCAGUGCGGGGGCUCCCCGUACCGCGUGCAGCGCGCCGCCGCCAACGUGCGCGAGAGACGCCGCAUGCUGAGGUCCGGACCCACUGGGUAUACCUUUAGCAGUAUAAACUCGGCGUUCGACGAGCUACGGGUCCACGUGCCCACCUUCCCCUACGAGAAGCGGCUCAGCAAGAUCGACACGCUGAGGCUCGCUAUCGCCUACAUCGCCUUGUUGAGAGAGGUAUUGGAAGCAGAUUACGACCCCCUCACGUAUGUUGAGAAAUGUCUUCGCGGCGAGAUCAAGGCGGAUCGCGCACACUGGAACACCAGCGAUCUAACGGCCCGUCUAUCUUGGAUCAACUGGGAGAACCUGGGAGUGAACCCGCAGCGCCGCAGUGUGCUGACGUCACUGGCACUCGGGUCAGACAACGCACCGUACAACAACUGA